AUAGAUCAGUCCUGUAGAUCUGUUUUCCUGCACCCUGUUCCAUGUAAGCACUGCUUGGACUGUCUAUGGAGGAGAGGCUUUAUAACUGACCGUGUCUACUCUGCUCUCAGACAGGGAUCAAAGCUGGAUUCAGGAUUUAUGGACAUUUGGGAUGUCAUAGUUGCUGUAGGCCUAUUGUAUUUCUUGCCGUUUGUUAUUGUUCUUUUGUGUGUCCACUGGUGUGUGGCGUUUGGCUAGUAUUAUAGCUGCUGCUGCUGGACUGUUAUCUUAUCUGAGCUGCGAUGGAUCAGGGAGAUAAAUGUGUGUUAGGACCAUGGAGUGUCUGUUCAGUGUGUUUCCUUCAUGCUCUGUAUUGUUUCUGUGUAAUGCAAGCGCACUAGUUCUCUCUAGCAGGAGGUUGUUCAAUGGCCUGUUUUUCUUCCUAUGACAAAUAGUUAUACAAUAUUAGCAUAAUUGGUCAAAAGUAUUACAUAAUUCUUUAAAAAAUGACACAGAUUUCUUUUGACUAGUCCCAACACAGUUUUGAGAGAGAGAAAAUUCUGUACAAGAUAGAUUUGUGAGACAGAUGAGGUAACUCCCUUUAAUAUUAGUAAAGAAUAUUUUCUCCUCAGUAUGAUACGUAUUUUCAGACUGUAUGUGAACGUUGUGGUGCUGUGGAUCAGCGGGUGGUUGAAGUAUGCUUUAGAGAGGGUGUGGAGAUUGCCGUUCUCAGUGCCACACACCUGGGUGACAUCACCAGGCGACUCAGGUGAAGGACUGUAUGACAGGGUUUCAAAGGAGUGGCAAACCAAUGAGACGUAUCGUACCUAUCACCAUGGAGAUGGAAGUGGAAUCAUGGUUACAGUCCAGACCAGCACACAUGCCUUCCACGUGAACCUUGGUCGUCUGACUGACUGUAGUGAGUACUUCAGAGCCCUGUCCCAGUCCAGUAUGAGAGAGACCACAGAGAGCCUGAUUCUCCUGGACCACAUUCCCUCCUCAGUCUUCCAUUCCCUCCUGGAAUUCUGCUUCCGGAAUGACUUCAGCGUUCCCCAGGAGGAGCUGGGAGAACACAUCCAAGUGGGCAGCUACCUGCUGGCUGAGGCCUUUGUGUCGCAGUGCCUGUUGGCCCUGUCUGGUGUUCUGACCCCAGACACCUGCCUGUCCUACCUGGCUCUGGCCCGGGACAUCUGCUGUACUGAGCUGGAGACGACUGUGUUCUCCUACCUCAGCAGACACCUGCUGGAGCUGCCUCACCUCACCAGGUGUCUGCCGGCUGAAGACAGGGCUGAACUGACCCGUCUGAGGUGGCAGGGUGAUCUCCGGCUCUGCUGCGUGAGGAAGGAAAACCUGACCUCCUGGAACGACCUAGAAACAGAAGCCGCCCGCCACCUCUUCACCCUGGAUGGGUCAGAGGUCACUGGUGACUGGCGUCCAAUAACAGAGCUCCCCUUCAUGGCUGAUAAGUGGUGCUUCACCGCAGUGGUUCUACUCAACUACCUCUACCUCAUCGGUGGCUACAGGCAGCGGGCCAAGAGGGGCUGGGAGUUCAAAAUGGCCUCCUUUAGGUACAACCCCUUCACCAACACCUGGGUCUCCACUGCUCCUCUCAUCAAGCACAGGAGGCAUUUCAGUGCGGUGUCAUGUGAUGGCUGUAUCUAUGCUGUGGGAGGCUGGUACCUGGACUCUCUGGUGACUCCUGACUCCAGCACAGCCCUCUACACUGCUGUGGAGCGAUACCACCCCUGGGACAACACAUGGACGUUUGUCGCCUCUCUGCCUCUGACUGACUUACAGUUCACCAUGUCCCUGUCCCAUGACCUCCCUCUGGCCACCAGCCUGGGCCCCUGUCUCUAUGUCCUGGGGAACAUCCAGAGGACUGGAGAAAAGCUGCUACUACGGUAUGACCCCAGGCAAGAUUUAUGGUCUGAGCUGCUCCCUACCCUAACCAAAGCCAACGCUGACCUCCCCAGCCUCUACUUCCUGGGCGCUACCGACCGGCUGUUUGUGAUUGGAGGAAACAACUCUGAGAAUGUGGUGACAUCAUUCUGUGUGGAGUCUGGGCAGUGGGGGCAGGUGAAAGGGGCUGAGAAGGUGGCGUUAGCUGGACAGGGGACAGUGCUGGGUGACCAGGUGUACAUGCCAGGUAUAGAACACAACGCUGCUGUAAGGCUGGAUCUCCACUCCCUCUCUCUCACUGUCCUCCCUCCUCUACCCAUCUGCACUCGCUAUGAAGCCCUCCUUCACCUCUCCUUCUGACACAACUUUCAGGAAUCAGUCUGAUUUGCCUUGGCUUGCUCUUUCUGGGGUUCAGGCCAAGGUUUUUGUUUAGUGCUUCUGGAUAAACGCAGACUCAUCAUCAAGGUGGAUCUUUGCUACAUGUGGACUUCACCAUUCUGUGUCAGCAACAAUAUGCCUUGCCCUGCUUUCACAGGGCCUUACAUGACAACUUUUUGAACUAAAGUAGGCCUUCUCUAAAUGAGGUAACUCACCGGACCGAUUGUCGGUCUGUACAGUAGGGGGCUGUUUGUUUGCCAUUCACUUGCUGUCGGCGUGGUGUCUGCCGGUGGGUGACUGACUCCUGUCAUUUUCUCAUGUUUCUACAUGUAGAAUCAGUUUGAGUUCGGUUUGCAAAUUACAGCCAACACUCUGUUCAGAGGUGCAAAGUACUCUCGCCAGCAGACGCUAGACAAUCCUACCGGUCUGGCAGUCUCUUAAAUCUUUACCCAGAGGAGAAUGGGCUCCCAGUCUCGUUUUCUUCUUAGUCAGGUUCCUUUUAAAGGUUUCCUAGGGAGUUUCUCUUUGCCAGUAACCACGUUUCCAUCCACAGUUUUUAUGCGAGUGAAGUCAUACCAUAUUUUAAAAAAAUCACGAGAGAUGUAGUGAAAACAGGACGUUUUGGUACAAUUGUAUAAAUGCUGACAGAUAAUCUGUGCGUUCAACAUGGUGGGAUCUUUUUUUGUUGGUAAAAUUAAUUAUGUGAGAGAAGGCGAUGCAGUGGAAACGACUUUAUGUGCAAAUAUUGAUAUAAUAUCCAUCAUAUCGAAGUAAACUUGGAGUCACACGAUGAUAUGGUGUGUGGU